UUAUAUAAUUGUCUAUUUUUUCUCUAAUCUAGGAAAAAUAUAAUCGUACUGAACCUCGUAAUCAUCGUUGUAAAGUAUGUCAUAGCUGGUUUGGAUUAUUUGCUACAUUUGUCAAACAUAUGGAAACUGAAAGUCACAGUUAUCAGUGUCGAGAAUGUGGGUUGUUAUUUGUUCAGCCUGGCCCUAGACGGAAUCACAUUCAAAGUAUUCAUCCAGAAGUUGCAAAUAUCUGUGAGAUUUGUGGACUGAAACUUCCAAAUUCUCAAGCACUAUGGAGUCAUCUCUCAGUUCAUAAUAUUGUAUAUGAAUGUCCUAAAUGUCACAGGCGAUUCUUGCAGAAAGAACAACUUGUUGCUCACUCGGAAGUUCAUGCUCCACCAACUCCUUGUCCUUGGGAAGGAUGUAAUAGAAAACUAGCUACAAAAGUUGGAUUGUUUAACCAUUUACGAAUGCACAGAGGGGAUACAGAUUUUAAAUGUACAAUCUGCAAUAAAGGUUUCUUUAAGAAGAAAACAUUAGAAAGCCACAUGAAGAUACAUGAUGAUAGAGCACCUUUGCAAAUACCUUCUUCUCGAGGUCGAAAGAGUGUUUCACACAUGAUGGGUAGGGGCACCCAUGUAGAUAUGAAUCAACAAGUAGAAGAAAUACAAAUUGAGCAAGCUGAAGAAUCUAUUGACUCAAACCCAACGGAGAUGAUUCAGCUUGUUUGUGCUGGUUGCAUGCGGCCUUUUGAAUCAGAAAAUCACUUCCAAGCUCACAUAUGUACCGGGCAAGCAACAGCUGAUAGUCAAGGGCAAGCAGCUGUCACUUCAGGCCAAACUGUAUUUGGAUCAGAUCAUCAGAUCAUACUUCAGACUGCAGGCAGUGGAGCAGAUAAUACAAUUGUCACUGAUCAGUUAGUCACACAGACUUUAGCUAACUCCUUGAACUUGACAUCACAUGAAUUUACAGAACAGCUUGUUAGAGCAGUAGCACAAGCUGCUGGGUCAGGCGGCCCUGGACAAGUGACUGUUUCUAUAGCUUCUAAUGGCAAAUUAGAUGAAGGGGGUGCUGUAUCUGUAAGCAUACCUGAAUUUGAUGAUUCUACAGGAUCAGCUGUUCUCCCAGAAGAGGCUGCUGCAGUUUUCACUCAGGAUGAGAAUACUAAUUCUAUUAUGUCUGCUCAUCAACUGGUUGAAGCUGUGGAGCAAGCACGACUUCAAAUUCAGGCAAAUGAAUUGUGUUCAGGGGAGCAAGGAAGUGAAUCAAUUUUGAUUCAGAAGGAUGGAGAAGAAAACACUAUGGUACAGGAAGCAACAGAAUGUACAGAUUUGCUUGAACAUACAAAAGAUGAGACACAGCAGUCUUCUGAACAGUCUGUAUUUGCAGUAGAUAGUGACAAUCAGCAAGUUCUAGUGUCUGUUGAAGAACACCUUCCAGUGGAAAAUCAGUCCAAUUUAGAUUUUCAAAACGAGCAUAAUCAACCAGAUGCAACUGAGGAAUUUGUGGCUCACAUAUCACUUGGAAGAAACAAAAAUGAUGCAAACAGUGAAAACAUACAAAGUGAAAGUGAAACCUCACUGAAACCAGAACUGGAAUUGGGACAGUUAGAAGGAGAAGAUUCUCAAAAUGCACAAAUUGUUAUGAUGGUAUCUGAUGACCAGGAUGGGGAACCUCAACAAGUACCUAUUCAAAUACCCGGAGAUCAGUCAUAUACAAGUGCUGCUGUUCUAAAGAUACCUACUGCAGAUGGAGGUCAUCAAAUGCUGAUUAUUCCUAUUAAUUCCAAUGAGAGUGGGAAUGCUGUGUUAACAUUACCACAAGGUUUCACCUUAGGUGGUGAGGAUUCGGGUGAUGGUAAUAUUACUUUAGCAUUAGAUCCUGGAACAAUGUCUUUAGAUGAAAGUGGUGAACCUCAACAACUUAUGUUGCCUGUUGAUGCAGAUGGACAAAUUAAUAUUGAAAGUCUCCUUCAGACUGCUUCAGUUGAUACACUUCCACAUGAAGGUUAAAAGUUAAUUCUUUACAAUGUAUAAAUUAACAGUCAAAUAUGCUUGAAAAUUACUGUAAAGAUUAUCUUGUUUUUCUUUGUUAGAGAUGAAUGUGUGGAAUCAUUUUUUUGCAUUUCAUUUGUGUUAUUUAAGUUGUACUAAUUACUCAUUCUGAAUUCACAUAAAAGGGGAAAAAAAGAGCAUAUUUUAUCCAUCUGACCUCAUUAUUUUGCCAUGGUUUGAUAUCUCUGACAAAAAUAUUUUUCUAGUAAUUUAUUUCAUUAUCCCCUCUAGCUCUUGUGUAAGCAUACUUAUCGUGUGUAUUUUUUCAUCCAAUGAAAUGUUUUCCAUUAAGUUGUUCAAAAUGUAUACAUCUGUAAAUACUAAACAUCUUGCUGCACUUUUUUAUUAUAUGAUAAUAUGUUAAGUCUCUCAGAAUACUCAAUAUUUGGCCAUGUUUGUCUUAAGUAAUCCAACCAGCUUAUGUUAGUUUUGAUUGUAUGUAAGGUUUGUUUUAUUUUACUUUUCUGACUCUAGAUAAAAAUUUCUCCCCCUGUAAUUUUGACUAUGACAAGCUGACAGUAAUACUCAAAUAAACUGUAUGUAAAUAUUGCAGACUU